AUGCUGAUCAAAGAAUAUAGAAUUCCUUUGCCGCUUAGUGUCGAGGAAUAUCGUACAGCCCAACUUUAUAUGAUUCAGAAAAAAAGUAGAUUAGAAAGUAAGGAUAAAAGCGACGGUGUUGAAAUUAUUGAAAAUCGUCCAUAUGAAAAUGGACAAUAUACAAAGAAAAUUUAUCACAUUGGAAGCCAUUUGCCUGCUUGGCUGAAGGCUAUACUACCGAAGUCAGCUUUAAACGUUGAAGAAGAAGCUUGGAACGCAUAUCCUUAUACUAGGACACGAUACAAAUGCCCUUUUGUUGAAAAACUGAUUUUGGACAUUGAAACUAUUUAUACCGAUGAUCAUGGUACACAGGACAACGUAUUUAAAUUAUCAGAAACUGAACUGAGAGCUAGAAUCAUAGAUCAUGUUAAUGUGGUUUGUGAUAAAGUACCUAAUAGUGAAUAUAAGGCAGAAGAAGAUCCUAAGUUAUAUCAAUCGACUAAAACAGGUCGCGGACCGCUUAAAGAAGAUUGGCUACAGAGUUAUGAGCCACAAUAUGCUGGAAAGGCCUGUUCAUCAUCAGUUAUGUGUGCGUACAAAUUAUGCCGAGUUGAGUUUCGUUACUGGGGCAUGCAGACUAAAAUCGAAUGGUUUAUACACAACAUUGCAAUUCGUAAAACCUUAGUUCGAGCACAUCGCCAAGCUUGGUGUUGGCAAGAUGAAUGGUUUGGCUUAACUAUUCAGGAUAUUAGAAAGCUAGAAGAAGAAACUAAGCUAUUAUUAUCUAGUAAAUUAAUUGGACAAUCACCAAAUUUAAGCGAUCAGGCACAGCUAGACAUCAACGAUCGAGAUCAACAUCCUUUAACAUCGGUUAAAGGUAAAAACGACUUAAAAAACCUGUACCAGCCAGGAUCUACAGAAGUCACGACCACUAAAGCAGAUAUAUUCUACCAAAAUCAGCCUCCUCCAAGUAAUAGUACACCGAAAAGUAAAAAUAUCUCAACAAAUAAAGCUGAUGAAGAGAUUAACGGCAAAAAUACGUUAAUUCCUGCAGAUGAAGAGAAUGUCUUGGGGAAUAUUCCAACGAGAUCCACAAGAACACUAGGUGAAGAAGGACAGAGUAGUCCAUAUUUACCCGUUAGUCGUCAAUCUAUCCGAUAUGAGACUAACAGUACUCUAGCUGCUACUGUGCAGGUUCUUAAGGAUUGGCGAUUAAAUAAUAUUAUGCAAGAUACAGAUGACUCUGAAGAAGAAUAUUUUGAUGCGCAAGAUAAUAUUGCCGAUCACGAUGCUAUGGAUGAGAUUAGACUAUCCCAAAUGAAAAGUUUAAUCUCUUUAGCAUCGAUUGAAUCAGAUGAAGAAGAUACUACUGGAUCAUUUACUCGUGACUCAAGUCAAGAAACCAUCGCCCAAGAAUUUUAUUCCCCAAACAAAUCUAUAAGUGCUAAACGAUCGCAAGGCAAUGAUUAUACUGCUUCGAAUACUACAUCUUCGUCAAGUUUCUCUUCUGAAGGGCCAACAUCAUGUCUUUAUAAGACACUUGUAUUGGUAAUUCACGGAGGGUGCUUAUUGGAUUCUAGACUAGAUUACGGUUCACAACAGUCCGAUUAUCAAACGUUUGAAGUUACGUUUAAUUCAAUAAUUAGAUCCCAUUAUCCAUUUGCUGAAGAUAGUAUUGCCACUAGGCUAGUUCCGUGCCCACCAAUAUGUGCUUCAGCUCUUUCAAUGCUAGCUGCUACAGAAACCCUCUGCAAUCGGAUGCGUAAACCUUCAGAAGCGAAUGCUGCAGCCGUGAAUUUUAGCGGAAAUUUUGCUCCACUGAGUGCCAUUCCAGUAUUAGCUGUGAAUUCAUCUGAAUAUAAUAACGCCAUACCAGCAUUAGUAAAUCAAGCAAAUAGUGUAUACCAAGAUUUUAUUAACUCGAAUGAAGGUAGAGGAUUUCAUGGGAAGGUAUGCAUGGUGUGUGAUUCUAUGGGAGCAAUCAUCGCCUAUGACGCUUUAAUUAAUAAUGCUAAUCCUUCUCAAGUAUCAUCGACGGAUACCAGCCCUAGAACACCAUCGGUUAUACCUACCGUUACCAUUGAAUCUACAUGCUCAAGUCCAUCAAAAGUAUCGUCCAGUUUUAGCCAAAUGGAAAUCUCUUUUUAUUUCAGUUUCGAUGUUGCUGACUUCUUUAUGCUUGGUUCACCAAUUGCCAUGAUCUUGAUUAUGCGGAUAUUAAAGCAACUUCCUGGCUGUACUCUAUUGCGACGCCCUCCUUGUGAUCAAGUUUAUAAUCUAUUUUAUCCAAUAGAUCCUAUUGCUGAACGAUUGGAACCUGUACUGUUAGGACAGUUUUCUAAUAUACCAUCUAUCAGUGUAGUUCGUUUUCAACAAUAUCCUUUAGGCAACGGAAAGUUACAUUAUUUUAAGGAUGCUGUUUUUGAUAAUUCUCAACUAUUUUGGCCCCCUACUGUUAAUCAAUCGAUAAAUAACCAAUCACCUGUUAUGCAGUCUGAGAUGACUUCUGAAAAAGGUGCGUCAAUAUUAAAUCAGGAUUAUCUUUUAACUAGGUGGUGGGGAAAUAAACGCCUAGACUACGCUCUUGAUUGCCCAAAAUCGUUAUUCGGGUUUCCAGAGGCAGCAAUUCCUCACAUGUUACAUUCAAGUUAUUGGGAAUCCUACGAUGCUGUGGCUAUGAUUAUUCGUCAAAUAUUACAUGGUAAUGGAAUUGAAAGCCUGCGAAGAAGUGACCAUAGAGCGGAAUCAUUUUCGUUUACGCCUUCUUAUCCAACCGAAAAGUGGCUAAAAAAGAGGUCUAAUGUUAAAGUGAUGAAUGUAACUGCCAAUCAUCGAGGCUCGGACAUAGUAGUUUUGGAGAGUAAACCACAGUAUAUAGUUAGUAAAUUUGUUUACGGACCUUUGGACGUGGUUUCGCUAACAGGAGAAAAAGUGGAUAUUUAUAUCAAAGUCAAAGGAAAUUGGGAGUUUUAUGAUACGGUUAUUACUGGUAAUCAAGGUAAAAUAAAAUAUACUUUACCGAUGGAACAACAGUUAGGAUUAGGUACAUUUCCUGUUAAAGCAGUGGUAAGAGGUGAUCAUACCGUGGCAGAUAGCACCUUAUUUGUUAUUCCACCCGAAACUGAAGUGGUAGUCUUUAGCAUUGACGGGUCGUUCACUGCAAGUGUUUCACUUCGUGGUAAAGAUCCAAAGUUGAAACCUGGUGCCGUCGAUGUUGUUCGGCAUUGGCAAGAUCUAGGAUAUCUCAUAGUUUAUGUUACAGGAAGACCAGAAAUGCAAAAGAAUAGGAUCAUGGCCUGGCUAACAGCUCAUAAUUUCCCGUUUGGUAUCGUUUCUUUUUCUGAUGGAAUAUCACCCGAUCGUACGAAAUAUAAACUAUCAUUCUUGAAGUAUUUGACUAUGGAGGUUAAAAUCACGAUUCAUGUUGCUUAUGGUUCACCUAAAGAUAUUGCCACAUAUAAGGAAAUUGGAUUAGCGCCACAUCAAAUCUAUAUUGUCAGUAAGAAAGCCAAGAAGAAAUAUAGUGUACAAUUUAUCAUUGAUGGCUACGCGCAACAUCUAAUGGAUUUAGCAUCCGUAUCAUCGUCGAGGCCAGCAGUGGGUCGUGGUAGAAUUGUUGCAAGUCGAAGUCGUUUUAGCUUACCUAACAGCGGCAUUACUAAUAAAUUUGAUGGUUCAACCUUAGAAUCUUUUAGAAACAUAACAAGGAGCCGGUAUAGGGCAGAUUCAGACACCAAAAAUUAUAAAGCUAACGAUCAGAGAAAUAGUAAAAAUGUCUCAAAGUAUUAUUCUAUUGAAACUGUUGUAUGA